AUGGGACUGACACGAUCGAUUCACGCGGUAGGGUCUAAACGCAUCCGAGCUGUGUCUUCUUCAAAGGAAGCUGAUGGCUCGUGGGUCCCUACGCAACCUAUUCCAGGUCGCAGUACAACAUGGCCGACCGUUGUGGUCGAAGUGGGAGUAUCAGAGUCAUAUCGAAAGCUGCGGGCAGAUGCAGAAUGGUGGCUCACGAACUCGAAGGGCGAUGUGAAGCUUGUAAUCAUCGUGUCUAUCAAUCGAAAGACACCGAAGAUCAAGUAUGAGACUGUUCUUUUAGAUAUCAGCUCCUUAUGA